UACGUAAGGCUAAGAAUUCGUCUUUGUGAUCCAACGGUUUUAAAAACCAUUCUUCUUACCUCCCCUCCUAUUUAUCUGAGGGAAGAAGUCACCACGCUGCACAUAAUAACGCAGAGAGAUCACAACAACAACAACAACAACAAAAUUAAGGAGAAGAAAGAUGUCGUGGCAAACUUACGUUGAUGAGCAUUUGAUGUGCGAUGUGGGUGAUGGUCAGGGACAUCACCUUACCGCUGCUGCUAUCGUUGGUCAUGAUGGUAGCGUUUGGGCUCAGAGUGCCAACUUCCCUCAGUUCAAGGGACAAGAGUUCAGUGAUAUAAUGAAAGAUUUCGAUGAACCGGGUCACUUGGCACCCACAGGGUUAUUCCUAGCAGGAGCAAAGUACAUGGUUAUCCAAGGCGAGCCCAAUGCUGUAAUCCGUGGCAAGAAGGGAGCGGGAGGAAUAACGAUAAAGAAAACAGGACAGUCGUGUGUGUUUGGGGUCUACGAAGAGCCAGUGACACCAGGACAGUGCAACAUGGUCGUCGAGAGGUUGGGUGAUUACCUCCUCGAACAGGGUCUCUAGAAUCUUGUCAUUUGCUUUUACAAUGUUUUUCCACUCUUCUACAUUUUUUUGAUACGGCCAUCGUUUUCUCUUUCGAGUGAUUUGCAUCUUUUUUUUUCUACUUAUUUAAUGUAUAAGUUUGGGUGAAUGGACCUUCCUGGUUUCUUCUUCUACCCAUAGCAAAAUGUUAAGAAAACUUAAAGCCUAAAAGGCCUUUUCUCCCAUUUCCUUGUUUUCUUUUUGGUUGUUUUUUUUUUUUUUUUUGACAAUUGCAAAUUUUGUUUAAUACAUUACUAUUCACGU